UAUUAACAGUAAAAUUCAUUCAACUUCAUACAAGAAAAAUUAACCACACAAUACAAAAUCAUCAAAAUGCAGGCAGCUUUGUGCAUUGCCCCAACCGUUCUCCCAUUAACACCCUGCAAAGUCUUCUCCCAACAGACCAUUUCUCCACCAAGGCUCAGCACCUCACUGGCUUCCCGUUGCCCCCCUCUCAAAGCAACUGCCGCCGCCUAUGACAUUGACACCUCUUCCACAUUUGACUACAGCUCUGCCUUCUCUGUGUUUCCAGCAGAGGCAUGCGAGACAAUUGGUGGGGAUUCUUGUUUGGCGGAGAUGUACCCAGAAGUAAGGCUGCAACCAGAAGCUCGAAAUGAGAGGCCAAGAGCCUCGGAGGCCAUGGAAAGAGAAUACUUGGAGUACAAUGAAGCCAAGACGGUUUUUAAAGCAGAAGCCUGUGACGAUCUUGGAGGAAUAUUCUGCGAACGUGAGUAUCAGAGAGGAGUUUACUAGAUCAAGAAAGCAAUAUUGUUCAGGCUUGCUGCUUGAAAAAUGAUGCUUGUAUAUAUAUAUAGUUUCUGCUAUGAUGUAUCUGCAUAAUCUCCUUUGUAGUAUAUUUUUACAUCAAAUUUACAUACUAAAAAGCUUUCGUUUCAA